UCCACAAACCCUCGAGAUCGUCUUCUUCCACCUCGAGCUCUUCCGUCGCCAGCCAUGUCGGGACGCGGCAAGGGAGGCAAGGGUCUCGGCAAGGGCGGCGCGAAGAGGCACAGGAAGGUGCUGCGUGACAACAUCCAGGGCAUCACCAAGCCGGCGAUCCGGCGCCUCGCGAGGAGGGGCGGCGUGAAGCGCAUCUCCGGCCUGAUCUACGAGGAGACCCGCGGCGUGCUCAAGAUCUUCCUCGAGAACGUCAUCCGCGACGCCGUCACGUACACGGAGCACGCCCGCCGCAAGACCGUCACCGCCAUGGACGUCGUCUACGCGCUCAAGCGCCAGGGCCGCACCCUCUACGGCUUCGGCGGCUGAGCCUCCCUCGUGCCCGUUCCAGAUCUGCUGCUGUUAGUGUCCGCUUAGGGUUUCGUUUGUUCGGAAUGGUUUUGCGGAUGUGAUUUCUGUGCCGUUCUGCUUCUGCUUGUGCAAAAUCAAUGGAUAUUUAAUGGAACAAUUUAUCUCUCGAUU